AUGGCCAUGACUACGUCUUCCUUCCUACGUAUAGAUCUGGGUGCCCACAUUGAUGAAUUGCUCCUCAUCCCGCCUGGCCUUGCUCCUGGUGCCACCGGCCCCGUGCCACUGGGGGUGCAUUUGGCUCAGGCUAUAAAGGAGUGUAAGCCACUCCUGACCCUCACCAUCUUAGGCAGGCCCUUUACCGGCCUUAUAGAUACUGGAGCUGAUACUACCAUCAUUACUACUAGGGACUGGCCGCCCAAAUGGCCACUCUCCCCCUCUUUAACACACCUGCAGGGGAUUGGCCAUUCAAAAAACCCAAUAUUAAUUUCAGCUGAACUCAAGUGGCGGACCCCCAAAGGAGAGGAAGGCCACGUCCGCCCCUAUGUCCUCCCCGACCUGCCUGUUAAUCUGUGGGGGAGGGAUGUCUUGUCCCAAAUGGACCCGAUCCUAGUAGAUACCAAAGGCCUAGAUCUUUUACUUCAGCAGGGCUAUCUUCCUAGUCAAGGUCUGGGAAGGCACUCCCAGGGCCUCACUGAACCCAUGAUGCCUUCUCCCUCUGUAGGACGACAAGUACUGGGAAAUUUACCAUAA